AUGUGUUGCAACUCAUGUGGUAGCUCCGGCUAUGGUUGUGGCUUCGGCUGUGGCUAUGGUUCUGGAUAUGGCUGUGGCUAUGGCUCUGGCUCUGGCUGUGGUUAUGGCUAUGGCUAUGGCUCUAACUGUGGCUGUGGCUCUGGCUCUGGCUGUGGAUAUGGCUGUAGAUUUGGCUCUGGCUAUGGUUGUGGAUAUGGCUAUGGUUGUGGUUGUGGCUAUGGUUCUGGCUGUGGUUGUGGAUAUGGCUCCAGAUGUGGCUGUGGAUUUGGCUCAGGUUAUGGCUCUGGCUAUGGCUCUGGCUGCUGUUGCUAUCGGCCAUGUUGCUAUAGAAGAUGCUAUUCUUGCUGCUAG